AUGACUAUAGACACAACUACUACGACUAGCACCGCAACAGCAACAGUGUUAUCAGGAGGUAACGAAGACAUACCAGACUUGCAAAAGACGCCGUGUGAUGAAGGAACUUUGUCCAGUUCUCCCACAUCGACUACAGGAACUAAUACUCAUAUGUCUGCAUCAUCACCCACAGCUGCAUCAUCAAGAAGAAACUCCGUUAUGAAACGAAGAAAGAGGGAUAGCGCUAGUAGCUCCCAGCAUUUUAACCGAGUUUCGCAUCACUACAACAAGUGCUUUCAAAAUUAUUACCAUUCAAGCAACUUUUUGAAACCAAACCCCAUUUACAUCCCUAACAUCAACACAUCAGUAAACCACUGGCAACUUCGUAAUUUAACAAAGUACAAUAGACAUGACAAUGUAUUGUACUACACAAAGGAAGAUUCUGUUCAUUUGUAUGAUUUAUCACAAGCAUUUACCAAAAAAGUAUUAAAAUUAAACUACUUCCCUCGCUGUUUUGAUAACCACGAGGGUUUAAUAGCCACUGGUGGUUUAUUAACUAGUUCAUCAAAAUUGUUUUCCUUGGAUUUGGAUAAUUUAACUUCAAAAGAUUUGAGUGGCUCUUCUUCUUCAACAACAAGAGCAGUUGCCAAGGGGUUAUUUUCAUUCUAUAAUCCUGAAUCAUCAAUUUUGCACACAGUAAAAUUGGGUGAAAUGAUUAAUAAUGAUGUGUCUUUGAACAAGGUGGCCAAUCACCAAUAUCAAGCACUUUUAUGUAACAAUGAUGCUAAUUUGUAUUGUGUUGAUAUUAACAACAAUUCAAGUUUAACAAUGACGAACAAGAUUAAUUGUGAAAAUUACACUUGUCUCAAUUCAAGUGUCAAGAAUCCAAGAAACAGUUUAAUCACUGCUGUUGGUGACUCAUCACUGAUUUUCAUUAUUGACCCCAACUCAGGAUCAUCACCCAUUGUUAAGACUAUUGAUUCGCAAUACGAUGGUGGGUUUGGCAUAUCAUAUCAUCCUAAUGGAUACUUGUUUUCCACUGUUUUCCAAGAUGGUGUGUGUCAAUUGUAUGAUUUGAGAAACUUGAAUGCUCCAUUGAAACAAUUCAACUCAACCAGAAAGAAGCAUCAACUGGGUGCUUUUAGAGUUUGUAAGAUAUCACAACAAAACGAUUUUAAUGACUUGUUGAUUAUAGCUGAACAUGUUGGUCGAGUCCAUUUAAUCGACCUAAAGACAUUUGAUCGACAAGUUAUUGUUGUGCCAGCUGCAUUGGAUCAAUUUGCCAAUUACAAGGAGUCAUUGAUGAAGAGAAGCGAAGGUGAGGAUGGAUCAAGACACAUGAUGGAGGAUGAAUAUGAUGAAGAAGAGGAAUUUGAAGCUAAAUCUCCCUUGAAUAUCUAUUCGGAGAACUUGUCAUUUACAGCACCAUUGGUUUAUGAUUAUGAUUACUUGACGAAUAUUAACUCAAGAUUGUUUAAUGAUGUUAGUUAUGUCCCACCCAUGAAUCCACCUGAUUUACAUGGCGAAGCAUUAAAGUUGAAUACUCCAGACUGGUCUUCUUCAAGGAAUAAUAGUCUUGUUUUACACCCAGAACAACAAGAUUAUUGUCCAACAUCAACAGCAUCUCCAAGAACCAGUAUCCAUCAUCCAAAUCAAGUGCAAGCUAACCCACAAUCUCCCAACUAUCGUCGGUUUUCAUCUAAUCCACCGCCACCACCAACUACCACCACCACCUCAACUUCUCGUCCGUCAGUAUCCUAUGACGUUGAUAUCGAUUCACAAUUGAAUGAGAUUUACCUCAAUUACAACCACACAACCGCAAGAAGAAACACAACAACAACCACAACACUAGCCAAUGCUUCUUCUGGUUCUUCUCCGCCAUCAUUUACAUCUUCAGCUACACCACUUUCUACAAGUUCUUCUUAUAUGUACCUGACCUAUUGCGAUGAUCUGUAUCAACAACAUACUAAUCAUCAACAUGGAGAAAUGGAGUUGCUGGGUAUUGAAUUUGUCAAUGAUGAUGUGACUGGAGAUUUAAAGAUUGUUGUUGGGUGUCAAGAUGCUGGGGUUUUGAUGUGGGAUGUUAAUGCGGUUACGAGACGGAGUAUUGGUAGUUUUGAUUUCGUUUGA